AUGGCAAACUUCUCCUUGGCUAGCUUAACGAGCGCUUCAAACACAACUAGUGGAGAAAGCAAUGCAGCAGAUGUUUCUCUGGAGGUUAGUGAUGUCAUUACUCUCAUCCUCAACGCCAUCACUUGUCCGUUCACGGUUCUGCUUAACGUGCUAGUGAUAAUGGCCGUGAAAAGAAGAUCACGUCUGCAAACCAACAGCAACAUCUUGCUGACCCGUUUAGCGAUAAUUGACGCAUCAACUGGUCUCCUUGGGCAGCCAACCUUUAUCCUGUGGCAGAUAUUCCUUUUACUUGGUGUCAGUAGCAGCGUAGUAAUUAAAAAUCUCCAUUUCGAUGUCAUGUCUACAUUGCUGGUAGCUUCAUGCUUUCAUCUGAUGAUGGUAACUUUCGAGCGGCUCAUAGCGAUGAAAUUUACUAUGUACUAUUUGAUAAUUGUAACUGAUAGUACUAUAAAUCUAGCAGUGUUGUUAGUUUGGAUCAUGUCUCUCAUAAUUGGGUUUUUCAGAAUGAUAAAAAAUUUACAGAUAUUUUUUUUUUUAAGCAGCAUUGUCAUUAGUUCAUGCAUCUUUUCUGUUACCUUCUCUUAUAUGAUUUUGUAUCACGAAACAAGUCGCCAUAAAAAGAAGAUGAAAGCACAACAACUCCGUCUAGAGGAAUUAGAGACAUUCACUAGAGAGAACAAGGCGCUGAAGACGACUGUGUUUGUAGUGGGUGCUGUUUUUAUUUGCUUUCUUCCAGUUUGUUUCUGUUUUAUGCUUUUAACCCCAGGAAUUUAUGACGUUUGCAUAAUCAACGAAGCUUUGAUGCAAACGUUUGCCAUGAUAAAUUCGUUCGUUAAUCCACUAAUAUACUGCUGGAGACAAAAAGAAAUGAGAAAGUUUGUGUUUAGAAUAAGAACCCACGCCGUGCAUUCAGUUAGUGAGUAA